AUGGACAACUUCAUAUCAGCUUAUCAGGCUUCUCGAUUGGAGCAUCAUCGACAUCAAGCCCCCCCGCCUCCUGAGAUAUCAAAUGAAGCAUCAAACCCAUCGCACAAGAAGUGGUCGAACAUCACUGACGGUGACUCCGGGCACGAGCUCCGCUUCGGUGCUUAUCUCGAUCAUCGAAACAAGCACCGAAGAAUGGAACGUCCGUUCGGUGCUUGUUUCGAUGAAGAUAUGGACAAUGCUGUAGCUCAGCCGUCAGCCGUUGCUCCGGCUGGGCAGCCAGGUGGGCUCUUCAGCUACGCGCAAAGUCCCCUUCCGGACUCAUCUAUCUUGGCCAACCGGCUGGAGUUACAUGGCGGCCCAUGGGUCUCGCCUCCAGCCCACUCGUCGCAAGAGCCGACUGAUUCCGAGUGUGAUGAGGGAGUUAGCGACGUCUCCGAGGAUGUGGAUAUUUCAGAUGGACAUGGCGUGGCAGUCAACAAAGUCCCACUCCCGGUCCCAGCCUAUCCCGGUUUCCAAAGACAUGUUAUGGAGUUGAAUCCAGGCUUGCUGGGUCCAAACAACUAUCUCGUCGAUCGCAUUGCCCACCAAAUGGUCUCACGCCAUGGAAGACUACUGGACCUCAAAACUAGGCAUCAGAGCUCGAUUAGAACCGGUAGCUGUUCUUCUGGGGUCUUUUGUGUCGAGAAAGGGGGGUCAUCAUUGCCUUUCGGUGUCAAUGAAUCCACUGAAGAUUCCGGGAAAUCCGUACGAUUCCGCCUCAAUAGUGAUAGUUUCCCUGUCGGAAUUCCCAGACCGCCAACGUCGACCCUGCCGGCGGAAUUCGAAUGCCAGGUGUGUUAUUCACGCCUCAAGCUUGAGAAGCCCUCAGAUUGGACGAGACACGUCCUUGAUGACGUCCAGCAUUUCACGUGCACGUGGGAUAAAUGUCGGGAUCCCAGAACAUUCAAGACAAGGGCUGACUGGGUGCGGCACGAGAACGAAGGGCAUCGGUACCUUGAAUGGUGGACUUGUGAUGUGGAAGAUUAA